AUUAGUAGUUUAAUUUAUUUAAUUAUCUCGACUCGGCCUAAUCUAGUUUUUAGUAUUAAUUAUCUAAUUAGAUAUAUAUCUAAUCUAAGCUUAAAAUGUUAUAAAUAUCCAAAUAAUAUAUUUCUUUAUUUAUUAACUACUAAAGAUUAUAGCUUAGAUUUAACUCUAUAA